CUCAAUCCAAAUCUCAUGGGUUGGCGAGGUCACUUGGCCGUGGUCGUUGCGUGGUGCUGCGGUCUACUACUGGCAGAAGCGUCUCCGAUCCUUCUAAGCGUGGACAUCAAUGUCCAAGGACAGCAUAUCCCAUUGGACUUUCACCAAGGCCAGGAGCCUAUCGACGUCAUCGAGCGGUUCCGAGCUGACCAUGCGUUACCCAUGGAUUUUCAGCAGCGCGCACUGGAGGCCGUAUGCGAAUCCAUUCCUUGCACGCGUGCGUCUCCAAUCAUAUUCGCCACUUCCAUCCAUGGAGAGGACAACGAAUUCGUCGGCGAGUUUCAGCUUAUGCAAGGCGACGAGCCCGCUGACGCUGUGGCUUCGUUUUGCCGCCAGCACAACAUCCCUCGCCCGUUCCAGCUCAACAUGCUGCAGUCGAUAUGCAAUCAACCGAACAUCGUAUGCGCCCGAUCGGACGCUCUGUUAUAUCGGCAAGUCAUUACGGACGAAACCGGAAGUGUGCUUGGCACCCUCGAGAUCUUCGACAGCCAAGAGCCCGUGGAUGCGAUAUUCGCCUUCCUGCAGCCCAUGCUAGCCACAUCUACAUCCGUUGAGCACAUGCUCCGGCAAUUGCUCCAGGUGGUGUGUCAGCCAACCGUCGCCACCUGCAGUCGUACGAUUCCUCUGCUGUUCCGCCACCCGAUCGUUGGCCCGGAUGGCACUGACUACGGCACGCUGGAGGUCUACUACGGCCAAGAGCCUGCCGACGCCAUCUUUUCCUUUGCCUACAAGUACGACCAAGGAAUCCACGGCGCAGCUGCCGCUUCCACGUCACCCUCGUCGAUGGCUAUGGAUGCCACCAUGCAGCGGAACCUCUUGGCCACUGUAUGUAACGACCCAAUUGUCUCUCGGCAGUGUACGCGAGACAGAGCCAUUGUGUUUUCGUCGCCGAUUCAACUCGAGACUGGGCCGGCAGACGACGAGCACCCGAUACUGACGCUGUACGCCGGCGACGAAGUAGCAGACGUCCUGUUUCACUUUGGUCGUCAACACAACUUGACGUUUCCCAUGCGCAGCCAGCUAUUUGGCAUGCUCUGCAACCGCCCUCCCAUCACGUGCACACGAGGCCACGCGGUCGUGUAUGCACGGACCUUUGCCAUCGAAACCAGAGCAGAGCCACUGGGACCUCUGGAACUGCACGAAGGCGACGAAGCUGCCGACCGCGUAUUUGAGUUUGCCGAGCGGUUCAACUUGUCUAGUGCGGUUCGAGACCAGAUCCUAAACACAGUGUGCGUCGACAUCAAAGCGGCCAUUAACGUCACAUGCAGUCGGUUUGCACCAGUGGUGUUUCAAGUGCCCAUCACGAAGAACGCGUCCGAGCCGCCCGUGGGAAUGCUGCAAAUCUUGCAAGGAGAGGAGCCCGUGGACGCGAUCUUUCGAUUUGGACACGCACAUGACCUCGGUCCUGACGCACAGGCGUACAUGUUACCUGGCGUUUGCGAAGCCAGCCAACUGCCGUGUACGCGCACACGAAGUCUGCGACACGUUGCAGUGAGAAACCACGAUGGAAUUCCGUUUUAUGCGGACGAAGAGCCAGCCGACGUGGUGUACUGGUACGGUUCAUCUCGGAAUUGGACGUUUUUGCAGCGCCAGGAAUGGCUCGCGGAACUGUGUCGCAUACAACGGGCAGGGGCACCGCUGCUCAACUGCUCACGAGCCGAGGCGAGGCUGUUCUACCUGCCUGUGAUGGAGACUGCCGACAAGGAAAUUGGGACGUUGGAAGUGCUCGAAGGCCAGGAGCCGAUCGAUCAAGUGUAUGCGUUUCUUGAGAAGCACGAUUUGUUCCAGACAGCGCCCGUCAACGAAAGUCUAGCCAACAUUACGUGCCGCCACGUACCCUGCAGUCGGCUUCGUCCACGGCGCAUUCUCUUCUCCAUGCAGGCCACAUACAUGGGUUUGAAGCAUACAAUUCAACUGGUACAGCCUGAAGAAGACUGGGUGUGCAUGGAAAGCUACGGCAGCAAGCAGUGCCAGCAUUACGUGCAAGUGAGAAGCAUCGAGUAUUGCGCCAAGUACAUGCGGGGGUGGACCGAGUGCGGAGAUGUGAUGGGGAACGCAUUGCGGCAAAGCUUGACCUACUAUGAAGAAGAGUUGUGGAAAAAGUCCAAUGGCAAGGACCUGUACGCCAAGCUCGGGCUGGUCAAAGGCGCCACGUCGGACGAGAUUGAAGCUGCGUACCACACCCUCGUGCUCCGAUUUAACAAUGAAACUGAGCCGCAAAAGUACGAAAAACUCAGGGCAGCGUACGACACGCUCCACGACCCAGAGAAAAAAUACUAUUACGACCUGCCCUGCAUGAAGUUCUUUGGGUUGUGUGGCAAGCGCCAACCGGACGGCGGCAUGACCAUCUCCACGGACAAUUGAGUCGCGUGAGAUUCGAUUGUACGAACUAUUCGAUAGUCGCGUAUCUCUGGUCACUUGGUACUCUUAUAGUACACGGAUGACUGUGUAAUCAAAAGCUACUGUCGUACAGUUCUUUCUCCAA